CAAAAACCCAGUCGCCAUGACGACAAUGGCGAUGGCCUCCUCCUCCUCUUUGCGUAGCGCCACCGUCCCCUUCCUGCUCUUGCAGCUCCUCUUCGCCGCCGCCACCGCUCCGGCCGAGGCCACCGGCGGCAUCCUCCUGCCGUCGUGCAAGACCGUCGGCGGCGGGAGCACCUACUUCGACGUCCAGUUCUGCCUCGACGCCCUCGGCUCCGUCGGCGCGGGCGCCGACGCCAGGAGCUACCAGGACCUCGCCGCCGUCGCCGUCGGCCUCCUCGCGGCCAACGCCACCAGCACGUCGGCCAGGAUCGACGGCUUGCUCCGCGGCGGCGUCGGGAUCAGGAAGGUGGACGCCGCCACGGCGCGGUGCCUGCGGUCGUGCCGGGCGCUGUACGCGGGCGUAGCGCGGAGGCAGCCCGCCUGCGCCGCCGCGGUGAGGGGCCGCAGGUUCGGGGAGGCGAGGUCGUCGCUGGAGGAGUCGGCGGCCGCGGCGAGGGGGUGCGAGGACGGGUUCCGCAGGGGGAACGCCACGUCGCCGGUGACGGCGGAGAACGACGACGCCUUCAAGCUUGCCAAGCUUGGCGUGGCGCUGCUUGCUUUCGCUUGAGUUUUUUUUUUCUUUCGUUUUUCCCCACCUUUUCCCGUGUUACAGAGGAUACUCGCAUUACUGUU